AUGAAAAUUAAUUAUAUUUUUAUAAUCGUUAUAGUUAUUAAUUUUAUUAGUUUUAUAGCUGGUAAUCAAUUUUAUGAUAAUCAAUUUGGAUCAUCAUGUCCAUGUUCAGAUCAAAGUUUGUGUAAUCCCGUUUCAGUGGGACCACGUAAAGAAUUUUUAGGGUUUUCUUUAGACAACCUCACAUAUCCAUAUUAUGACUGGUCUAUUUUAACAACUAUAGCUGUAUUUUAUUCACCAAUUGUUAAUGAGUUAUUAUGCACUGCUCAUUCGCAUGAUGUUCGUUUAGUUUAUGGUGUAUCUUAUCCAAUUACUCAACUUGGUAAUUCAACUUUCCAAGACGAAUGGAUUCAAGAUCAAUUAAAUUUAGUUCAAUCAACAUAUACAGAUGGUCUUAAUUUUGAUGUCGAAUCACCAAUUGUUAAUGAAACAUUAUCUCAAUUAUAUACAAAUUUGGUUGCAGAAACUAAUAAAGCUUUUAAAGCUGUUAAUCCAUUUUACCAAGUUACUGUAGAUGUUGCCUGGUCCCCAAAUUGUAUCGAUAAACGUUGUUACGACUAUUUAGGUUUAUCUCAAGCAUCCGAUUUUCUCAUUAUGAUGGAUUAUGACGAAAGAUCACAAGUAUUUUCUGAUCAAUGUAUUGCAAGUGCAAACUCUCCACCACAAUUAGCUUUAGCUGGUAUAAAAAACUUCACCAAUUUGGGUAUUAGUGUUGAUAAAUUAGUUAUGGGUUUACCAUGGUAUGGAUAUAACUAUCCAUGUAUAUCAAGUCCUGCUGGUUUAUAUUCAGAGGUAUGUAAUAUCCCAUUAGUACCAUUUAGAGGUGCAAAUUGUUCCGAUGCAGCAGGUUCACAAUUAAACUAUGGUGUUAUUAUGAGCAUGUUAUCCGAUCCAUCAGUUGUAAGAGGUCCUUUAAUGUGGGAUCAUACCUUACAAUCCCCAUACUUUAAUUUUUACGAUCCAACUUCAGGAAACCCACACCAAAUGUGGUUUGAUGAUCCACAAUCAAUUAUGGUCAAAGUUCAAUUGGGUAAGAAAUUACGUUUAAGAGGUGUCGCAGUUUGGAACAUUGAUUUCUUAAAUAAUGAAUUUGAGUCACAAUCAAUGGAUAUGUGGAAUUCAAUAGGUUCAUUCUUUUCAUAA